UUCCCGCCAGCUUGAGUAGAUCGGCACUGCAGAGUCUGGGGACCGUAGCGCGGUCCCCAGUAAACCAAUUUCCAGGGGGCAGGGCCGAAUUCCACAUGCCCAGCUUCCACUGCGCAUGGGGCAAUUACAACGACGAAAAACGUGCACGAUGAUCCGGACUUUUGGGCUAACUCAAUCGAUUCGUGGCCGGAAUUACGUGCUGGCUGCGCCAAAAGGACAGGCGCCGUCGAUGUGUUUUGAUAUCUUCUGUUUGCUCUGGGCAUUCACUCUUGUCAUUCUUUUUUGAGGUCGCGAUUGAAUUGUUUUUGUUUCAAUAUGAAAAUCAUAAGCUCCCUCGUUUCGCUUUCCGCUUUCAGCAGUGUCGCCUCUGCGUUUCCCUCCGUGGCCGGGGAUUCAUUGCUACCAGCCGAUGUAAUUACCAAGUUGGCUGAAGGCCUACGUGGCGUUGCCCAAGAAAGCCAUGAAAAGCGAUUUCUGGUUGACCCGUUGAGUACGCCAAUUGACGUAACGGGAGACCAUUCCUUCAUCCCUCCUGACUUUUCAGCGGGUGACCAGCGUGGUCCUUGCCCAGGACUUAACGCCCUGGCGAAUCAUGGAUAUAUCGGGCGCAAUGGCGUCACAAAUGUGAUAGAGGCAACUGCAGCAAUCAAUAAAGUGUUCGGGAUGAGUGUUGAACUGGGUGGCCUUCUCGCCGUCAUGGGGACGGUUUUUGUUGGCAACCCUCUCUCUUUGGAUCCAGGAUUCUCUAUCGGAGGGGAAUCGACUGCGGUGAGCAAUCUCCUUGGCAAUCUGCUUGGGUUGUUAGGAAAGCCGCGGGGUCUGGUCGGCUCCCAUAACAUCAUUGAGUCAGAUUCGUCAAAUACUCGCAACGACUUAUAUUUGACCGGUGAUAAUGCCAACCUAGAGCUUAACCAAUUUUCAGAAUGGUUUAACAUGUCCAAUGAUGCUGUCGGCGACUUUAACAUCGAUGUCAUGGCUGAGAGAGCAAAUGUACGCUUCCAGCAGUCGAAAGCUACCAACCCGAACUUCUACUAUGGUCCAUUCACCGGCAUGAUCGCUCGCAAUGCCGGAUUUAUUUUCCCCACGAGGAUGUUUGCCAAUUACUCCAAGGAGAAUCUUUCGGGCUCGUUUACCAAGGAUAUCAUCAAGAGUUUCUUCGCCGUCGAGGGAGAACCAGGCAAUUUUACUUACAACCAGGGCUGGGAAAGGAUUCCAGAGAAUUGGUAUCGCAUUCCCGUCGACUAUACUCUCGUCCAGUUGAACCUUGAUAUUCUCUACUUUGUUGCAAAGCACCCCGAGCUUGGCAGCAUUGGUGGCAACACUGGAACUGUGGAUAGUUUCACGGGCGUUGACAUGGACGACCUGACUGGUGGACUCUUGAAUGCUCAGACUCUUCUUGAGGGCAACAACCUUCUCUGCUUCGUCUUCGAGGUCCUCAAGACUCUCUCACCCAACUCCCUGUCAACCGUCUUUGAUAUCAUCGAAGUCCCUCUCCAGAUGCUCUUUGAUACCGUUGGUGCUGCACUUCUCGACUUGACUUGCCCAGCUUUCAAGGAUUUGACGGUUGGUGGCCAGGGCUUGGGGGACGCCAUAGAGUCUAUGUUCCCAGGAGCUGCAAAGGGCAGCAUCUAAGAGGCUGCCAGCAAAGAUACUCGGAGUUUGGUUUUUCCCAAAGAUUGAUAUAUUGUCACAUAGAUUUGUCUCGCCGUGGACAUCUAAUAUUGACGCGCAACGCUUCUAUAUGACGAGAUAGUUACUGUUACAUAGUGGUUCACAUGCCCUGAGGUUCACCUAUUACGCCUGAUGGCAUCGGCAAAACUGUUACUGUAGUAUUGUAUAAUAUAAAAUAAAUAAACAUAUAGCCCGAACUCCUUCUAGUACAAAAUUGACAGCC